AAACAGUACACCGUAGCUCCACGAGUCAGGCUAUCGCGCAGAGAGGAGGCUAGCCGGUAGCUCGUCACGCGUGAUAACUUCUGGAGAGUUGGGAUGUUGAGCGAACGAUGAAUGAAGUUAUAAAAGGAAGUAGGCUUACUUCUCUUUGUUUUGCCCUCCAAACACCUUCCAUGGAGCUACUUAUUCAACUGACUAUAAUUUCAUGAUACAUUCUUUCUUUCUUAUUCUUUGUGUUAACUUCAACUGGAACAACUACAAGAAGUUGAUUACAGUAUCUUUCUAAAGUACUUCUAUCCAUUCUUAGUGACAUAUACAAGAUUUCAUAUCAGUGAGAUGAAGACCACAUCAAAGUUUGCAAUCUUGUUGGCAUUCUGUUGGCUCGGGGGUCUGCUCUACCUUGGAGGCAGUUUCUACCAACCGGAUGAUUCGGAACAAACAGCGAAGGAAUUAAAGAGAGUUUUGAGGGAGUUACAUAGCUUAAAACAGCAAAAUGAUCGUCUUCAGAAUGGCGCCAUUGAAUUGGGUAAGUUACAAAAAGAACUAUCUGUGUUGAAUGUCAAAAAUGAUAAAAAUCAAAUAAACGAUUUGCAGCGAGAGCUUGAUUUAGUGCGUAAAGGGCUAAGCAAUGAUGCUCGACCAACUAAAGGUGAUGGACAUAACUUGGCACUGCAAGAGGGAACGAGUGAGAAAUGCGGUACAGGUCCGUCUAUUCAACAUGAGAAAUUGCGUAGAAAAAUUGAAAAUGGCGUGACCGAGUUCUGGUUUUAUGUCCAGUCGGAAUUGAAGAAGAUUCAGGAAAGAAGUACUGAUCAGUCGUUGAAAGAUAAAAUAGAUAUUGUAUUACAAGAUGCGGGUCAUCAACAGAGGUCAAUACUUACAGAUUUAUAUAACAUCAGCAAUGUGGAUGAUACUGGUAAAUGGAAACUAGCAGCGGCGAAGGCUCUUUCAGAUAAAGUACAACGACGAUUCUACUAUCUACAGAAUCCUGUUGACUGCGACAGUGCUAAAAAGUUGGUUUGCAACCUGAACAAAGGAUGCGGGUAUGGUUGUCAAGUACAUCACGUUGCGUACUGCCUCAUCCUGGCAUAUGGCACACAGCGCACUCUCGUCCUCGAGUCACGUGGAUGGCGGUAUUCUAGCGAAGGCUGGGAGCGUUGGUUCAUGCCACUUAGUAAUACGUGUCAUGAUCGUAAAGGCGGCACAACAGGCAGAUGGGGUCGCGCAGAAUCAAUGGAAAGUAUCCAAGUAGUAGACUUGCCAAUAGUCGAUGGUCUGCAUCCAAAGCCGGAUUUUCUACCGCUAGCAGUGCCAGCGGACUUAGCAAAGGACCUGGUCCAUCUACAUGGACAUCCCAUAGUAUGGUGGAUUGGACAGGUUUUGAAGUAUAUCUUAAGACCUAGUAAGUUACUUCAGCAGCAUAUUGAAGAAAUGGAAGGAAAGCAUAACUUUGAACAUCCAAUAGUAGGAGUUCAUGUGAGGAGGACUGACAAGGUUGGUACUGAGGCUGCUUUCCACGAUAUUUCAGAGUAUAUGAAACAUGUUGAAGAGUAUUAUGAAUUAAUUAAAAGAAGACAGACAGUAAAGAAAAAAAGAGUUUACCUAGCAACUGAUGAUCCUGGGUUACUAGAGGAAACAAGGAAAAGAUAUCCUGAAUAUCAUUUUAUAAGUGAUAAUGAUAUUUCAAAGUCAGCGAGUAUCAACCAACGAUAUUCGGACAACUCUUUACGAGGAGUUAUAUUAGACAUACAUUUCUUAGCAAAUUCUGAUUUUUUAGUUUGUACCUUUUCGUCGCAGGUUUGUAGGGUAGCUUAUGAAAUUAUGCAGACACUCCAUCCAGACGCGUCUUCGUAUUUCCGCUCUUUAGAUGAUAUAUAUUACUUUGGCGGUCAAAAUGAGCACCGCCAACGUGCGAUCUAUGCGCACGAACCGAGGGACAGCUCGGAAACCCGCCUUAGCCCCGGCGAUUUUAUUGCCGUAGCAGGCAAUCAUUGGGAUGGGUACUCCAAGGGAACGAAUCGCAAUAUAGGGACCAGCAAAGCAGGCCUUUAUCCAUCAUAUAAAGUAGAAGAUAAAAUAGAUACAGCUAUAUUUCCAACUUAUAAAGAAGCUGAAAAUUAUAAGAUACCAAGCUGAAAAGUUAUAAUUUUAUUGAAAUAUAUCCAAUUUUUUAAUCUGUAUUAUUUCUAUUCUCGUGUUGGAAAAUCAUAUAAAUAUAAACUUAAUUAUAAAUAAAUAAUAAAUAAAUUUUAAAUGUUUUAUAGAUUUUUUAGUGUUCUAGAUGAUAGUGUUUAUUGAAAGCCAUUCUAUGUUGAAUUUUUAUAAUGUGAGAUUGUCUGACUCUCACUAGAUGUGUUGGUGGGUGUGGUCUAAAUCUCAUAAGAUGUGUUGGUUGGUGUGGUUAAGUCUCACAAGAUUUAUUUGUGGGUAUUGUAUAAAUAUCUCAAAAUAUGUUGGUGAGUAUGGUCUGAAUCUCACAAGAUGUGUUUGUGAGUUGGCCUAAAUCUCACAAGAUGUGUUGAAAAUUUUGGUCUAACUCUCACAGUAUGUGUUUGGGAGUGUAGUCUAAACUAUCACAUGAUGUGUUAUGUGAGUUAGUAAGGUCUGAAUCUCAUCUCACAAAAUAUGUUAGUGAGUGUGGCCUAAAUCUUACAAGUUGUGUUAUUAGUGAGGGUGUUCUAAAUCUCACAAGAUAUGUUAGUGAGGGUGUUCUAAAUCUCACAAGAUAUGUUAGUGAGUGUGUUUUAAAUCUCACAAGAUGCAAAUGUUUACUUUCCAUUUGAUCUUUCUAAGAACAAUUCCAAAUUAAUUGCCUUGCCUUCAGUGUUAAACUUAUUUGCAUCAAUUUUAAGCAACUCUGUUUAUUGAAAAAAUAUGUCAUAAAAUGUAAAUGUUUUUCAUUUUAAUAUUUUGUAAAUGUCAGGGAAAAUUAUAUAUCAAAAUGUAAAAGUUUAAAAGAUUUAUAUUUAAAAAAAUAUAAAAGGUCAUUUUAUGUCAUGUGAAAUUUUAAAAAUAAUUGUACUGUAUUAUUUUUGUUUUAAUUGUACAUUUGGGAACAGUUAUACUCAGACAUUAAUUACAACUCAAAUUAAAAACUCAUUAGGACUGAAAUUUGCAAAUUAAAUAAUGAUCUAGCUUUUUGCUAUUAAAAGAGUUUCAAUAUUUUAAACUUUUUAUUCCAUGGUUGUGUAUUUGUCACUAAAUGCACAGCUGGUGAACGUUAGUACAGUAUCAAUCUUGCCCUCUCCAUGUUAGUGUAAUGCACACCGAUAGCGCCCUCUUUAGGUCAUCAUGGAGUUACUUUUUAUUUACAUUGAUAUUGAUGCUGCACCUGACAAGAAGAUCACCACCGAAAGCAAAUUCCAUUAAAAUAUAUUUUUUAACUAAAGUAUUGUUUUUUUUUAUGAAGUCCACCGAUAAUAUUUUCUACUAAUUAAAUGGAUGAAUUUAUGAAGCGAUAAUUAUUAUUUUUAUUCACUUAAGACAUAGAAUGAGGCGCUGCAGCCAGUGAAGGGGAAAUUAAAAACUGACGUACCUAUCCAUCGGGGGAAGUAAAGGCUUGCCAGUUAGCUAGUAUACAACUCAUUGCAUAUAUAGUCGUCUUCCUUACAGGUAGUUCUAUAUAAUAUAUAUACUAUAUAUUUUAUGGCAGAAUAUUAUAUGAUGGCCAUGAGUAUCAAGGCCAGAUAACAGUAGUGGAGUGGGAUAAAGGGUAGUAUCAUAAAGGAAGGGUAAAGGGACAUGGUAGUUGGUUGGUGGUUGUGUGAAGGGGUAGGUUUUAUUAAAGAGAAAAAAUAAAAGGGAAAAUCUUGUUAAUUUCAGUGAACUUUAUUUUAAACAGGUUUUUGCAAAAAUUUGGCACAUUGAUGAUAAAAUAAGAAACACCCAAAUAGCGCCCUCUUCAGGUCAUUUUGAAAUUACCUAAAUAAUUAAUGUUAAUAUGCUGCACCCUACAAGUUCACCACCGAAAACAAAUUCCAGUAAAAUAUAUUUUUUUUAUCCAAAACAUCAGUAGAUAUAAAGGGAGUACAGGAUAAAUAUGAUUGUUAUGUUUUAAUAAAAACAUUAAAUUAUAUUUUUUGUUUAACAGAUAUUAAUUAUUAUUGUUAACUGAAUGUGACUCAUGUAGCCUUGAAGAAUGAAUAUUAUAUAUAUCCUUGUGAAAAGUUUUAUUUUGAGCAUCUCAUAAUAAGCUUAUAAAUAGCUUUAUUUUGGAACAGAGAAAAGCUGAUUAUUCUUUACAGAUAUUUUUAACAAGCCACUUCGAGGUUAAAAAUACAAAAUCAUGCAGAACUGAAGACUGUACAAUGAAAAUUGGAAAGAAAGCAUGAAAUUAGUAAAGGCCUAAAUUGAAAAUAAAACAUGGGAAACAUUAUUAUAAUAUGGUCACUUUGAAAAGCAAUAGAGUUUCAAUUAUCCUUGUCAGUUUAUGUGAUUACAUUUUGGUAAUUAUUGAUUGUUUUAAAAUGUUUUAAGUACUUUUUUUUUUUAAAGAAAAUACAAAGAUAUAAUAUAAUUAAAUUUGAUUAUCAGUUUUAGAAGUCAAAAGUUUCUGAAAAAGAAAGCUGUUUUGAAAAAAAAAUUGUGGGUGUAACAUGAUGAUAACUACCUAGUUACCAUAAUGCUACCAUGGUGAUGAUUACUAUUGUGAUAGUUACCAUGGCAAUGGCUUGCAACCAUAGUGAUAUUUACCAAGGUGUUGGUAAUGACAUAUUCUAAUCCUCUUCCAUUUUUUAUGGCACUUUUUAGUGUCCUAUCCUCAGAAAUAUUUUUAAAUACUUUAAAUGUCUAGCCAUGUUAAAACAAUUAUUAUGUUUAAGUAGACCAUGUUGCUUAGCAACUGUAUUUCAUAUUCCUUGUUUCAACCUCAACCAAACUCAAAAAAGUAAAUAAUUUGUUGAUUUAAAAAAAAAA